GAUGAGCCAUGCAAGCUUAUGUUUGCAGUGGAGCUUGCUGAAAUGCUGUCCACAGACAUGCAGAAAGAGGGCCUUCAUGGGCGAACGUUGACUCUUAAACUGAAAACUACUUCUUUUGAGGUUCGGAAUAGAGCUGUGACUUUACAAAACUACAUCAACUCAAGUGAGGAUAUUCUGAAGCAUGCAUCAAAAUUGCUGAAAGCUGAACUUCCCGUUUCAGUAAGAUUAAUAGGUCUUAGAGUAUCACAGUUUAACGGAGAUAAAAGUGGUAGUGGUGCUACCCCUGAUCGUACACAGAAGACUAUUACCAAUUUCAUUACUUCAGGAGAAGCCAAUAGGAAAAAGGACCCUUUUUCAGAUGUUACAGAUCAUGACUUUAUCAGUGAUAUAGAAACUGAUCCUUCGAUUGAUGUUGGGCACACAAGCCAGCUUGAUAGCAGAGAUCCUUUUGAUGGUAAUCAUUCAUUAGAUGUAAAUCACCAAAGCUGCACUCUCUGGAAAAAUGAUGGUGCAGAGAAGGUAUAUCUCCUUUUCUCUCUUUAUUUUUCGAAGUAG